AUGGGCAAGAAGCGGAAAGACAGCGACAGCGACGAUAAGAAGAAGAAGAAAAAGAAAGACAAGGAUCCAGCUGGGGUCGCAAAGAAAGAGUCGAGCAGCAGCGACAGCAGCAGUGAGGAGGAGGAGACCCAGAGCCUUGGUCUGCAAGAUGUGAACGUGACACAACGUGCAUGUGUUCUGGGCCAAUCGGAGUUCAUUGGUCAGGCAGAGCUUGCCGCCACGUCCAAGGAGUCAAAGGUGCCCGAAUUUGAGCCUCCUCCUGUCAACCUAGAUGCGCUGCCGCCUGUGGAGGCAGAAGGCAUCUUGCGGUUCGAGUUCACACCGGAGGAAGAGGGACCACUGGGCCUUCGAUUCUCCGGCGGAUCUCCGCCGAUGAUCUUGUCUGUGGCCCCUGACUCCUUCGCCAGCAAGAAGGGAGUCCCCGUGAACCAUGAGGUCCAUGCUCUCAACGGGCUGGCGCUGGUCCAGCAGAACCAGCAGCGGGUGAUGCACUUCCUGAAGAGCCGGCCAUUGGUGCUGGAUGUGCGGCCUCUAGGCUGGAAACCUGCGGAGAAGAUGAAGGAGCUAAAGCGCAAGCAGCAGCAGGAAGAGGCAGAGCAAAAGGCAAAGAUGGCCGUUGAGAAGAAACGCCGUGAGCAGGUGGCCAAAGAGGCUGCCGAGGAGGCCCAGCGGCAAGCCGAAGAGAAGGCCAUUCGGGAGGAGAAGGAAAGGGUCGAGCGGGAGGAGAUGCUGGCGCGUGCGAGGGAAGCUCACAAGGAGCAACGGGAGAAGGAGGAGGAGUUCCGCAAGGCCCUGAAUAGCGAUCCGGCAGAGUUGCGGAAAGCGGCUGAGGACAUCAUGGAGGCCGAGUACGGCACCGAAAUCAAGGUGCCCGGCCGCCGGGGCCUGCCACUCCGGCUUUUGACGCGCCGCAAGGAAGUGGCCUGGAUCUGGGCCGGAGAGGCGCAGGAACUGAUUGGCGGAGGUGCGCCGGAUGACACGUUCACGCAGUAG